AUGUGCAUGAAUAAGGUGGUGUCCCCAAAUCAAACAGGUUUUAUCCCUAGUAGGAACUUCCAAGAGAAUAUAAUUGUUGCUCAAGAACUUCUUCAUAACAUGAACAAGUUAAAAGGCAAGAACGAAUAUUUCACUAUCAAAGUGGAUUUAGCAAAAGCAUAUGAUAUGUUGAAUUGGAAGUAUGUUGAGGAAGUGCUUAAGAAGAUGUGUAUCCCUCAGAACCUCACAUGUAUUAUCAUGCCAACUAUAACUAUUGUUAACAUGAGGGUUAUUUGGAAUGGUCAAAGGGGAGAUUAUUUUAAGUUGAAGAAGGGGUUUCACCAAGGUUACCUGAUCUCGCCUUACCUCUUUUUUCUAUGCAUAGAUAAACUCUCCCAUAUGAUUAUGGAUGUUGUUGAUAAGAAGGAAUUGGAAUGUAUGAAAGUAGGAAGGAGAGGUCCUAGAAUUUCUCACUUUAUGUUUGCUAAUGACCUCAUCCUUUUUGGAAAGGCUACUGAGCAACAGGUCACUUGCAUUAUGAAGGUCCUAAAGAAGUUUUGUGAAGUUUCGGGGUAA